AUGGGUAAUCGUGAAUCAUCAACAAAAGAAGAAGACGGUAAGCCAAAAGAAAAUGAUCAACCACGUUUGUAUCGACACGUUGACAUUCACGGUGGCGGUGAUUUGAUAUCAUUUAUGUGGUUAGCAAAGAAUAGCAAUGAUUUUUCACAAAUUAAUGAAUUAAUUGAUUCAAAGAUUAAAAAUUUUAUGUAUAAUUCGGGUAAAGGUAAAAUGGUGGCUGUUUCUGAAUUGGUCAAAAUACGUAAUAAAGAGCGUAAUGCAAUGCUAAGCGCAUUAAAACGUAAAAAAGGAAAAGGUAAAAGUGGACCAAAUAUUUUAGAUGAUUUUAAUCAAGAAGGUGAAAAUCAAGGCGAUUUAAAAAAAGCAUUAAAACUUCUGGAAGGUGGUGGACGACGUGGUGACAUGGAUUCAAAAUAUCGUGAAGUAGUUUGGAAAUUAGAUGAACGUGGUAAUAUGGGUGAGAAUCUUGUUGGUUUAUGUUUAUUGCAAGGAACUGCAAUACAUAAUCAUUUGGCUCGUCAUUUAAUUAAAUUAUAUCCAAAACUUGUCAAUGAUAUUUUCAUCAGUGAAAAUUAUUAUGGUUUAUCACCAUUACAUCAAGCAAUAAUAAACGAAGACCCAGCAAUGGUUAGUUUUUUGUUGCAACAAGGCGCAAAUAUCAAUCAGCGCUGCUACGGUGCAUCAUUCUGUCCGGAUGAUCAGAAAAGUAGCCGAACUGAUUCACUGGAACAUGAAUAUGUGGAACUUAGCCUGAAAACAUGUUAUUCCGGACGAAUGUAUUUUGGUGAAUAUCCAUUAUCAUUUGCUGCUUGCAUUAAUCAGGUGGAUUGUUUCCGAUUAUUAGUAGCAAAAAAAGCUGACCUGAAUCAAAAGGAUACAAACGGAAAUACGGUUUUACAUCUUGCUGUAAUUCAUGAACAACCAGAAAUGAUUAAAUUAUCAUAUGAUAUGGGUGCUAAAUUACAAAUAGUAAAUAAGCAAAAUCUAACACCGCUUACUUUGGCAGCACAUUUGGGAAAGAAAGAGAUAUUUGAAUUAAUUCUUAAAUUAGAAGCAGAUGUUGUCUGGAUAUACGGUAAUGCAAGCAGUUAUGCAUAUCCGUUAGCUCGUAUUGAUACAAUAAGUCAGGAAACUGGCGAAAUGAACGAAGAUAGCGCUUUAUCACUUACUGUUUACGGAGAAACAACAAAACAUUUAGAUCUUCUCGAUGGUUUAUUGGAGGAAUUAUUGGAAGCUAAAUGGGAAGCAUUUGGACGUCGAUAG